GCCGCGCGGGCGGUGAUGGGAGUCCCAAGAUGGCGGCGCCCGUCUGAGAGAACUUCGGAGGGAGACCGCGCCGCCCGCCCGCCCGCCCGCCGCUACCCAGGCAAGAGACACCGGGAGGAGCCGCUGGAGCCCAGGCCCGCAGCCGACCGCGCUUUCCUGUGUCACUCAGAAAUAAUGUUGAUAUUUGGAACUCAUGUCGAACAUCUAUGAAGAGAGGGUAAUGAUGAUUGCAGCAGGGGAUUUGCAGGAGUUUGUCCCUUUUGGCCGUGACCACUGCAAGCACCACCCGAAUGCGCUGAACCUGCAACUUCGGCAGCUGCAACCAGCCUCGGAACUUUGGUCGUCGGACGGAGCGGCUGGUUUGGUGGGAUCCCUUCAGGAAGUUACGAUCCACGAGAAACACAAGGAAAGUUGGCAGCUAAGGAAGGGCAUUAGUGAUGUUGGCGAAGAAGUCGAGUACGAUGAAGAGCUUUACGUGGCCGGCAAUAUGGUCAUUUGGAGCAGAGGGAGUAAAAGCCAAGCUUCUGCAGUUUACAAAGCGUUUACGGUGGACAGCCCUGUUUUGCAGGCAUUGUGGUGUGAUUUCUCUAUACCCAAGGAUAAGUCUGACAAAACGGAAGAUAGCACCGAAGUAGUAGAAAAGUGUAUCUGUAUAUUACAGAGCUCUUGCAUAAAUAUCCACAGCAUUGAAGGAAAGGAUCACAUUGCUUCUUUGCCCUUUCAGGUAGCCAAUGUCUGGCCAACAAAAUAUGGCUUGCUGUUUGAACGUAGCAGUUCUUUGCACGAAGUGCCUCUUAGCCCAGCCAGAGAACCUUUGCCCACCAUGUUCAGCAUGCUGCAUCCGUUAGAUGAAAUAACGCCAAUGGUUUGUAAGUCAGCAGCAGGUUUGUUUGGCUCUGCCAGAGUACAGUACGUUGCCGACUAUUCGAUGAGAAUUGUUUUCCUCAACGCUGAGCCUUCCAUCCUAAUGACGUACGAUGCCACUCAGAGUGUGCAUACCAUCUGGGCGCUUCGUCGAGUAAAAGCAGAGGAGCAAAGCGCUGUUUUGAAAUUCUCCGAGCAGGUGGGGACCCCUCAGUAUGCGGCCGCCAGCAGCUCCUUCACAGUCCACCUUCGGAGCCUCUCUAAGGGCGACUCGCCCGUGGCUUCCCCGUUCCAGAACUAUUCCUCUAUUCACAGUCAGAGCAGGUCAGCAUCGUCCCCCAGCAUUCACUCCCGAUCACCCUCCAUAUCCAACAUGGCAGCUCUAAGCCGAUCUCACUCCCCGGCCUUAGGGGUGCAUUCAUUCUCAGGAGUGCAGAGAUUCAACUUCUCCAACCAUGCACAGUCUCCCAGGAGGCACAGUGCCUGCCAUUCUCCAAACAGUGCGAUGGACUCGUUCUUUGCCCCAGAAACGGAACUCAUUGUUCCAGAGCUUUGCAUAGACCAUCUAUGGACAGAGGCCUUCACUACCACAAGAGAGAAGAAUUCUCAAGCUUCCAAAGUAUUUAUUACGACUGACCUUUGUGGGCAAAAGUUUUUGUGCUACUUAGUGGAGUCCCAGCUUCAGUUACGCUGUGUAAAGUUUCAACAGAGUAACGACAUGUCACAGUUGAUCUUUGGCUCUGUCACCAACAUCCCGGCAAAGGAUGCAGCUCCAGUGGAAAGCAUUGACACAAUGCUGGUUCUGGAAAGCAAUGGAAACUUAGUCCUGUACACCGGAGUGGUUCGGGUAGGGAAGGUUUUUAUACCUGGUUUGCCAGCUCCGUCACUGACGAUGUCCAAUCAGAUGCCUCGCCCCAGCACCCCUCUGGACAAUGCCAAUACUCCUUCCAAGCCCUUGAACAAGCAUCUCGGACCCUUAGAUGAGGGCGUGUUGUCCCCUGUUCCAGAGCUGAGGGAUUCUUCCAAACUUCAAAAUUCCUCUUACAUUGAUGAUUGCACUUUUCAGCAACUUUCAACUUUUAUUCAUUCUGUGAGAGAUCCUGUCCAGAACAGAGUGACUCUGGAACUCAGCAGUGGCUCCAUGGUCAGAAUUACCAUCCCAGAAAUUGCAACUUCAGAAUUAGUCAAAAGAUGUUUACAAGGCAUUAAGUGUAUCCUGCCCAGAGAAGUAGCCGUGCAAAUGCUCGUCAGGUGGUACAAUGCCUACAACGCACCGGGCGGACCAAGUUACUACUCGGAGUGGAACUUAUUUGUUACCUGCCUCAUGAACAUGAUGGGCUACAACACGGACAGAGUGGCCUGGACUCGUAACCUUGAUUUUGAAGGCUCUCUUUCUCCAGUCAUUGCUCCCAAGAAAGCCCGGCCGUCAGAGACAGGAUCAGAUGAAGACUGGGAAUAUCUGCUAAAUUCUGACUAUCAUAAAAAUGUUGAGUCUCACCCUUUGGCCAAAGCUCUACGGCUGGAUCCACUGGAAGUGAAAUCUCCCAGGGACAGCCUCUC